UAAAGUUUGUAGACUAUAAAUAGAGAUCAUUAGAUUUAAUUUUUUCAUGAGCGGAGAAGAGAUAAUCAGUCACAUAAUCCCUCUAUCAUUUUCCUCAUCAUCUUCUUCUCUGGAAGGCUGGAAGUCUGGAACAAUGCUUCGAAAGGAACAAUAUGUUGAGUGAAUUGACCAAUGAGAAGAAACCGUUAAACAAAGGUCGAAGGAAUUUAUCUAAUCUCUUGAUUGCUACCAUGGAAAGAAAUAACAUCCUUCCGGAUGAUUUGGUGGAGGACAUACUCUUAAGGUUGACAAUUAGGGAUUUGUUGCGACUGAGAUGUGUUAGCAAAGAAUGGUGUGCCCUGAUCGACAACCCUCGAUUUAUCCGGAAGGUCUACAUGCUUCGGUAUUCCAUCGGUAAAGUGGAUGAGAGUAUGCCUCACUUUGUCAUGGAUAUGACAUACAACAAAUUUAGCCUUCUCUACACGCCUCAAGGGGAAUCUAUUACUUUGGAUUUGACUGCUGAUCUAGAACGUGAUAGUAAAGCGGUGAUCAACAUUGGUCGUGAUCAAUUCCAUAUAGAAUGUAACGGAUGUGUGAACGGCAUCAUUUGCCUCACUUGGGAACGCAGGAAAUCAAAUUUGGCCAAAGAUAGUUUUUUGGCCUUGUGGAAUCCAGCCACUAGAGAAUUCAAGACUGUUGUAUAUCCACAUUAUAUCCACUAUAGCUACGAUUUUAGGUACAAGGUAUUUGGGUUCGAUUCUUUAUCCAAUGAUUUCAAGGUUUUGGGUCAAUAUUUAAAUAGAGCUACAAGUGGGUACGAUGCAUAUUAUGAAUUGUAUUCUGUGAAAGGCAACUCUUGGAAGAGGAUAAAAAAUCCGCCGUAUUUUCUGGAUUUCUACGGAACUGAUGGAUACUUAAAUGGUGUGUAUUAUUGGAUUACAGAGUUGAAGCCAAUAGAUGAGUGGCCAUGGCCGUUAGUGAUUGUAUCCUUCAAUUUUAGCUCCGAGGUUUUCAAGGUUUCUGAUGCUCCAAAUGAUAUUGUGUCCCGUGUGUUGAGCUUCCCUGUUCAAACCAAAAUUACAUUGUAUAAGGAAUCUCUUGCACUGGUCAUUUGCCAUCAGGUCCAGGGCAACACAUUGUACAACAUUGAUAUUUGGGUUGUGACAGAAUUUGAUGAUUGCGAGAGUCCCGUUGUCAUGGCAACACUUAUUUACAAUCGGACCAUAUCAUGCCGGAAAAGGUAUAUAUGUCCAGACAAUAAAAAUGAAUGGUGAUGUUUUGCUCAUGUUCUAUUUCCCAAGUGAAGAUGGAAGAAAUCCAGGCAUACUCAACUACUGCCUUUAUAAUCCCACAACAAGUGAGUUCCAGGAAUUGAUACUAGGUUAUGUAUGUUAUUUUAGAUAUGUAGAAAGUUUGUUCCCAUUAUCAACAAGGCUAGUCCAUAUGUAGAGAUGGCGCAUUAAGAUUUUCAAUGGUUGAUAUCAAUAAACAUAUUGCAGAUGGAAUAAAAUAGCUUUACUGGUUGCAGUGUUA